CUCCAAGCUGCUUCCCUGACAUAUAUAGCGUAUGGGUUUCUGAUUGAAUUGGCCGCUCAAUCUCCAACACACAAAAAAAAUGGAGAUUUGGUUCGUCGCCAUCGUCUCCCUCUGCGUCUGCUCUCUUCUAACCUCCAUUUUUACCCAUUUCCAAAGCUCCACCAAUCUCCCACCAGGCCCUCCUUCAAUACCCAUCAUCACAACUUUCCUGUGGCUCCGCCAAUCGCCUCUCCAAAUUGAAUCUCUCCUCCGCAGUUUCGCCGCCAAAUAUGGCCCCGUCGUCACCCUCCGCAUCGGCAACCGCCCCACCAUCUUUAUCUCCGACCGCUCUAUUGCUCAUAAAGCCCUCCUCCAAAACGGUGCUCUCUUCGCCGACCGUCCACCGGCUCCACCCAUGAGCAAGAUCAUCUCCAGCAACCAACACAACAUCAGCUCCGCCUCUUACGGCCCACUCUGGCGCCUCCUACGUCGCAAUCUCACUUUCCAAAUCCUUCAUCCUUCUCGGGUUAAGUCCUAUAAUCGAGCUCGCAAGUGGGUUUUGGAUAUUCUUCUUAAUCGGCUUGUUUCUCAUUCGAAAUCUGAAACUCCCGUUACCGUCAUCGAUCAUUUUCAUUACGCUAUGUUCUGUUUGUUGGUGUUGAUGUGCUUUGGGGAUAAGCUUGAGGAACCCCAGAUUCAUGAAAUUGAAAACGUACACCGAGCUAUGCUGUUGAGCUUUCGCCGUUUCAACGUCCUUAAUUUCUGGCCGAAAUUGACGAAGAUUUUGCUCCGUAAGCGCUGGGAGGCGUUCUUCGAAAUCAGAAGAAAUCAGGAGAAAGUCAUCAUCCCUUUGAUUGAAGCAAGAAGGAAGGCCAACCAAAACAGAGUAAACAGAGAAAGCAGAGCCGAAACUGAAGAAGAUUUCGUGGUGUCAUAUGUGGACACACUCCUCGAUUUGGAGCUUCCCGACGAGGACAAUAGAAAGCUUACCGAUGAGGAGAUUGUGACCAUAUGCUCGGAAUUCCUCAACGCCGGCACCGACACGACGUCCACGGCCUUGCAGUGGAUAAUGGCGAAUUUAGUGAAAUACCCAGAAAUCCAACACAAGCUUUUUGCAGAGAUGAAAGGAGUAAUGGGGGAUGGAACAGGGGAGGAGGUGAAGGAAGAGGAUUUGGGGAAGCUUCCAUAUCUGAGAGCUGUGGUUUUAGAAGGAUUAAGAAGACACCCACCAGGGCAUUUCGUGUUACCACACGCAGUGAAAGAAGACACGGUGUUGGAGAAUUACGUGAUACCAAAGAACGGAACUGUAAAUUUCAUGGUGGCGGAGAUGGGUUGGGAUCCGGAAGUGUGGGAAGAGCCGAUGGCGUUCAAGCCGGAGAGGUUCAUGAAGGGCGGGGAAGAAGAAGAAGUGGCAGGGUUUGAUAUAACAGGGAGCAAGGAGAUAAAGAUGAUGCCGUUCGGCGCAGGGAGGAGGAUGUGCCCAGGAUUCGGUCUGGCAAUUCUUCAUUUGGAGUAUUUCAUAGCCAAUCUGGUUUGGAGGUUUGAAUGGAAGGUGGUGGAGGGCGACGGCGUCGAUCUGUCGGAGAAGGCGGAGUUCACGGUGGUGAUGGAUAAGCCUCUCAAAGCCAACAUUCAUCCCAGGUGAAUUUGCCCUCCUCCCUAUGUAUAAAAUAAAAUAAUAUCAUGUAACACCCAUCCGUCGGUUAUCUAGUAGAUAUCAUCUUUAGAAGAAUUGAAUAUGCUAUCGGUCAUUCUCAAUGUGUUUAUGAUGUAGCACCAAAUAAUCCUACCUAGUGUGUAUUAUCUUUAGAAGAAUUGAAUAUAGUUCAGGUCA